AUGAGCGAGUCUUUGUCCAGAAAACGCCCUCGCACGGCUUCCACCUCGAACGACCCCGUCGCCUGUGGCAACAACUCGGAGCCGACCGCCUGCGAACAGGUACAAGCCGCCACCCGCGAUAAAGACUACUGGUUCGAGGACGGGACGAUCAUUCUCGUCUCCCAAGGCUUCGCCUUCCGCGUGUACCGAGGCAUGCUCGCCGAACACUCCUCUGUCUUCCGGAGCAUGCUCGACAUCGGUCAAGGGACGCCCACCGCGGCUGACACCGUCGACGGCUGCCCCGUCGUCACCUUGUACGACUCUCCGCGCGACCUUCGAGGCCUCUUCAGGUUGAUUUACCCUCUCAGCGGGAACCUCAAAUUCUCCAACUCGCGCAUCGAGAUCGACUUCAUCUCUGCAGUGGUUCGCCUCGACCACAAGUACGAGCUCAAGGGUCUCUACGACCAGGCCAUGAGCUACCUCACCACCUACUACACCACCAACUUCAACACCUGGGCCGACGGCAAGAACGCCUCCGACUGGUCCCCGGACCCGAUCCAGGCGAUCACCGCGAUCAACCUCGCCCGGCUCACCAACACGCCCUCCAUCCUCCCCACCGCCUUCUACAUCCUCUGCACGCUCGGGCCCGAAAUCGCGCUCGGCGCGCGCCGCGCGGACGGCACGAAGGAGCAGCUCUCUCCGGGCGACCUGUUCCAGCUGCUGAGCAUGAAGGAGAAGCUCUGCGCGGCGAACAUGAACACCGCGUACGCGCUCUUCCGCACCCAGAGCUCGGGCCACUGCAGCAACGCGGGCGGGUACUCGUGCUGCGCCGACGUCAUCCGCAAGGUGCUCGACGCCGCGGGGCAGGGCAAGGGCCCGCACGCGCUCGCGUCCGCGUGCGCGCUCGACGGCUGGAUGGAGAACGUGGAGGCGUACGCGGCGACGGCGCCGCCGCCGCCGCCGCAGCACGUGAACGCGUACAUGAUGAUGUACACCCAGAGCCAGCGCGCGCUGUGCAAGGGCUGCCGGACGUACCUCCAGUCGCGCGAGCGGGAGCUGCGCCGGGGCGUGUGGAGGAAGCUGCCGGAGUACGCGGGGGUCACGGUGGCCAACUGGGACGCAUGA